AAGAGCCCUUUGAGCAUGCGUUCUACGGGCCUUCAUCCGAAUGUGGCUCUAAUGGCGCUUGGGAAAAACUGGUGAUUCAAUCUAAAGGUGUUUUGUCUGUGAUAUACCAUCGCUAUGGCAACCAACACACCCCCUCCCACCAGCCAGGCGGAGCUGCAGCCCUCUGCACCCAAGAAAGUCAAGCUGGAGCCUGUCAACCUCAAACCUGCGAACUUAACUGUGGUUAGACCAGGGACAGUUUUAAGCCCUGACGCCCAGCAGACUGCAGCCAUCUUGAAGUCGUCCCCACAAGUGGUGCAGCCACAGAUCAUCAGCCAGCCUCUCACUACAAAGGCAGCUGUAGUCACGGUGACCACCCUGCCUGGUGUGUUACCUCUGGUGCAGACAAAACCUGCCAUGGCAGCGCAGCAAGCAGUGUCUGCAACUCCCAUCAUCAGCCAGCCGCAGAAGGUGGCGACGCAGCCGCAGCUGCUCCAGCAGCCGCAGGGCCACCUGCAGCAGGCGCAGGUGCCACAACAGGUGCAGCUGCAGCUGGCCCAGGUGCAGCCGCAGCCAGUGCAGCUGCAGAUACAGCAGCAGCCACCACCGGUGCAGGUCCAACAGCCAGCAGCUGCAGCACAACCGCAGGUGCAGCCACAGGUGCAGCCGCCACAGCAGCAGGUCCAGCAGCAGCCAACAGUGGUGGUAAAGCAGGAGGUCCAGCCUCAACAGCAGCAGGAGCUACAGCAGCAACCAGCCAAGGGGCAGCCGCAGAUCCACAUCGAGACAGUGACCAAUGGAGCAGCUGCACAGGCUCAGUCUCAGCCACAACCGGCGGAACAGAGUGGAGAAGAGAAGAAAUCUGCUGAUGCCACUCCAGGUCCAGGUGACUUUGACCCCAUCUCAGCCAUGGAAUGGAAGGAUGGGAUAGCAACCUUACCUGGGAGUAACCUCAAGUUUAAGAUGAAUGAGUUUGGAACAUUGGAGAUCAUCAGUACAGUGGAGACAGAAGAUGGGGAACAGUCUGUGUGGAGCCUGGGGUCGGAGGACUCUGCGACUACCUCCACAUCCUCCUCCUCCGUCUCCUCCACCCCUACUACUGUCACAACCACACAGACCAAGGGAAAAACUGACUUCACCACCAGCAUGGCCUCCACCACUGCCGCGGCCUCGUUUGACCCCCACGAGCAGAUGAAGGGGAUCCACUGCUGCGAGUGCUGCGGAAAGUACGGCGUACCCGGAGAGUUCCUCAAGUCAGGACGCUUCUGCAGCCAGGCCUGCGUGGCUAUAUACGCCAGCAGAUACCAGCACCAACCAAAACACAUCCAGGAGCAGCUGGCCAAGCAGAGGAUGCUUGCCAAAAAGAAGAAGAAGAAGUUUAAGAAGUUUCAUCUUUCUGAAGAGGAAGAGGAUGACCAGGAGAAGCCUCACGGUGACCUGAAAAUGACAAUCAAGCUGUCUCCUGAGGGAGCGGCAGGAGAGGAGGGUAAAGAGCCUAGAGUCAUCAAACAUGGAAGAAGAAAGGGUUUUAACUGGGCCACGUAUCUGGAGCAAGAGAAGGCUUUAGCAGCUCCGGUCAAGCUGUUUAAGGAGCCCUUCCCUCAAGGCAAGAAUGGCUUCAAGUAUGGCAUGAAGCUGGAGGGCAUUGACCCCAAACACCCCUCCCUGUUCUGUGUGCUGAGUGUGGCUGAGAUCAAGGGUUACCGUGUCCGCCUGCACUUCGACGGGUACUCGGAGUGCUACGACUUCUGGAGGAACGCCGACUCUGUGGACAUCAAACCUGUCGGCUGGUGUGAGAAAACCAACCACAAACUGUCUGUCCCCAAAGGCUUUGGCUUCACACAGGAAACCUUUAACUGGAACAACUACCUGAAGGUGACCAAGUCCCAACCUGCUCCCAAACACCUGUUCCGCCCUGCCCCGGUCAGCGCAAACUCAAAGCCAAGAUACGAGUACUAUGACAAAUAUGAGAAUGUAAGCUCUCAUGGCUUUCGAGUUGGCAUGAAGCUGGAGGCUGUCGACAUCAAGAACCAGAGCCUGAUCUGCGUGGCCACCGUGCGUGAUGUCAUGGACAACCGUUUCCUGGUGCACUUUGACGGCUGGGACGACGGUUAUGACUACUGGUGUGAGCCCAACUCCCCGUACAUCCACCCUGUGGGCUGGUGUGAGGAGACAGCAAACAUCCUGACUCCUCCCAAGGAUUACCCAGAACCCGAGCACUUCACCUGGCAGGACUACCUCACUCAGACCAAGUCUCAGGCCGUCCCUGCACGGGCAUUCAAACCGAAAGUGUCCCAUGGCUUCCUGAAAGGGUACAAAAUCGAGGCGGUGGACCGACGCAACCCUUCGCUGAUCCGCGUCGCCACCAUAGUUGAUUCUGACGAGGCUCGUAUAAAAAUCCACUUCGAUGGCUGGGCAGACAUCUAUGACUACUGGGAGGACGCAGACAGCCCAGACGUACACCCAGCUACUUGGUGUGCGAAAACUGCGCACCCCAUACAGGGACCCCCUUCUCCAGCAGAUUUGGAUACAGAUGGGCAAAUUGGAUGCCCAACUCCGGGCUGCAAAGGGAUUGGUCACAUCAAGGGACCCAAGUAUUCUGGACAUCACAGUUCCUUUGGCUGCCCGUACUCCCAGCUGAACAUGAACAAGGAGUCGGCCUUGCAGGACAGACUGGGUCCAGGCAGGGGCUCCAAGUCCACCUCUGAUGAGAGAGAUGCACAAGCCGAGAGAUCACCCGGAGAGAAGAAAUGCCCCACCCCCGGCUGUGAUGGAUCAGGCCACGUGACAGGGAAGUACACGGCCCAUCACCGUGUUUCCGGCUGUCCGCUCGCUCACCAGAACAUGAAGGUCAAGGUCACCAGCGCCCGGCAGCUCGCCCUGGCUGCGCAGAAGGUCGAGCAGAAGUACCAGAAGUUUCACAUUCCCACUCAAGGUGUUGGAAGAGGCAGAGGUAGAAGAAAAAUAAUAAAUUCAGGGAGAUUUAGAAGACUUUCCAGCAGCUCUCCUGACAAGGCAGACAACAAGAAGGCUAAAGAUUCGGAGAACAGCCUGCAGCACACGGUGCACCAGUCCGUGUUCAUGUCUGCCAUGACGCCGUAUCCAGCCAAGGAGCUGCCACUCUGCUGGGACCAGCACGUCAAGCUGUUGCCGGGCGUCGCCAGUCUGAAGGGUAGCGACAUCUCCAAGUGGACCAUCGACCAGGUGGCAGACUUUGUGAAGACACUGCCAGGCUGUGAGGAGAUGGGCAAUGUCUUCAAGGAUGAGCAAAUUGAUGGGGAGGCCUUCCUGCUGCUGAACCAGGCAGAUAUAGUGAAGAUCAUGAACAUCAAGCUUGGCCCUGCCGUCAAGAUCUACAACUCCAUCCUCAUCCUGAAGAAUGAAAACAUGAACGAAGGGGCACCUGCGUAGAUGUGCAAGACUUGACAACAUGACAUCUCUUUUCUGAAUUUUAUGUUUAUUGAGUUGGCUUUCCUUGCAACAUCCUCUCGGUAGCUGGGCUGUACUGCAGGAGGUUGUUAAUGAAGACAAUAUGUAUGUUAACUUUUCAAACUCUAUUUUUUGGUAGCCUUCAGUGGAAAAAAGGGAUCCCGGAGUCAUUGUGAAGAAACCAAAGGUUCUACCGAGUAUUUUAAAAACAUAUUGUAUUGUAAGCAUUGGAGCUUUAACUGUCCUAGACAGGCAUUUGGUUGUGCAGUACUUGUUGAGUAAAUAACAUGGACAACAUGAAAUACAUUCACAAAACGUUAAAUCAAAGAGGUGACAGGUAAGUAAAUAUUAUGGGGGGCAGAUUAACUUUUACGCAUUAAUGUGUAGUAUAGUAAGAGGUUAUGAAAUACAAAUUAUGAUUCCCUUGUCUCCAUCACAUGCUGCAUCAUUAAACUAUUACACAUAUAUCUUACAGCUGGUCAGAUGCACCAUUGUUAGAAUACAUGUAUCUGUUUGUGUCACUUGCAAAGAGAAGUUUACUGUGCAAGCAGUGGCUUGUUACAGAUGUUAUAGAAACUUGAACAUUCAGAAAAUGAUGUGGUAGUUCUGUAAAGGUUAAAAUGGUGAUGUUUUCAGAAAUAUUGAAGGGUCAAGUUGGUGCAUGCAACAUGAAUUGUUUGUGAUAUGUUAGCACUAUAGACUGGAGCCAGAUUGCUUACAUGGAUUUUAAUGCUUAUUGUAGGGCCCAUCCACUAUCAAGUGUUCUCAAAUGUUCUAUGCAGAAAAGAAUGCUGUAUGUUGGGGAAAAGCAGAGGAUAUUUUCAGCAGAAUGAAAUAUACACACAUAUGUAUAAAUGCCUAGUUAUAAUCUUGAUGGAUAGACUAUAUGAGACUGAUAUUAAGCCUAUGUUAGAUCUCGGCCAAGCCAUUCAGAAGUUUUAAAUGUCCUGUGUAGUUUUGGUCAUAACGGGUGGUCAGAUGCCUUGUAUUGUUUAUUUGGUUUUAUCUGAUGGAUGGAUAUGUCAGUUAUGGCUUACUAAAUCAAUACAAUGUAAUAACUAACAAAAAUCUGUAAUCCCUAAAGCAUGGCCCGUUAGGCUGGACCACCUAACCCUGACGUCAUCCAUGAUGUUGCUAUCUUAGUAAUCAACUUUGAAGAGGGGUUUCAUAUUGAUAGCAGUUGAAACAGUGCACCAUUUCAUUUACUUAGUAAUCAAAUGUUUUCAGUGUUUAUCAGUGUUGAAAAAUAAGUUUAUUAUUCUAUUAUCACUGCAUAGUGUUCUUUGCUUGGAUCUUUUUUGCGUAAUUAAAAUGAUGUGUCAGGUCCUCAGAGCACACUCCACAGGGUAAAGCAAAAGACUAGCAGUCAAUGAUUGUAUUAAUAUCUGCCAUACUUGUAUGGAAGACCAGCAGUUGUUCCUUGCACAGAGUGUGACAAUUCAUUCCUAGGAUCUUGAGUUAGGUUUUAUUAUUAAUUUGCUUGGUUUUAAAGCAAGUUGUAUGCUUUUGUCUAUAUAGAGAGUGUAUGGUUUCCUGUCUUAUCACACGUGAUUGGUUAUGGUGAACAGCUACUGGAUAUGGCUAAACCAAUCACAGUGAUGUACAGGAAACAAGAUAGACAUUUCCUUGAUGUUUUAUUCCUAAACUGAUAGUGGGAAAGUGCAGUGCUCAUAUAACAUUCCUUGUGUAAAAUGUGAAGGAAAUAAAUCAGCCAUAUGAAAGUUACAUGACUUGUACAAUGUGCACGUGUGGUUGCUUUUUAGUGUCAUGAUUAUUUCGAUACUGCAUUUACAAAUUCAAAUUUAUCUGGCAAGUUCCAGGUUUAACCAUCCAGCAUGGACUAGAAUAAUCUUCAAGCAGAUCAUACGGUGGCAAGGCAGUAUCCAUUGGCCAUGGUGCUCCUUUGCCUUGCCACCAUAUCAUCUGCUUGGAGAUUAGGCCUAGAAUACUUCAGUUAGCUGUGAGUGCAAAUGCCCUGUUGGAUGAGGACAUGAGAGAUUGGAUGGUGAAGGGGGUAGUAGCACAGAGACAAUUACAAGAGAAACAAAAAUGCACUUGUUAGGAUGUUUAUUACAUGGAAUAUCUAUUUUUUGGAAUAACAAUAAAAUUGAGGCUACACCAUAAUGGUUUCUAUUGCCACAAUACUAGUAACUGCAAAACAUUUAACCACUACAUGUACAGUACAUCACUACAGGAAAAUGGUGAUUACAUAGCUAUAAUUAUCAGCCAUCAUAAUGGCUGAACAUUUAUCGAACAUUUAACAUUACUGAGUGAAGAUAUACAUAAUGUUACAAGUUAUUGGUAAAUGGUGAGUUGCACUUUGAUGGGUAAAUGAUAUGCAUUGACACUGAUCACUUGAGACCAGUUGCUGAUCUUACCCUCAGGAUGCCUGUGAUAUCAAACAUCCACUGUGUGAUGUUCCCAUCACUGUGGUAAAGCCUGGCUUUAGUUCAAUGAUACAAGCACACCAAGGGUACAUGUACAUGCUACCUUCAUCAGUUCUGUUCUACACAACAGGCCACAGUAAUCUUCAUACACUGUACCUGGAUUUACAAGAACAUCAUUUGUUGCCGGUAGAAAUUUUGUCAUGGCAACAAAAAUUAAGGCUCAUCAGUCUUGUCAGUUAUGUGUAAUUCGCUUGGAGGCGCUAUGAAUUUCCAUGUAAGAUUCAAUGAAUUACAUUCAUAUCAAUUCAAUUGAAUAAAGCUUGAGGACACAAAAUCUGAGUAAAAAAUAUAAAGAAAAAAAAUAUAAAAUUGACAUUGGUAGAAAUAUUAAGGGCAAGUCCUGGGACGACAAAACAAGCCUGGUAACUAUAGAGGGAGGUAGCAUUUAUGUCACGUUGAGCGUUGCACAAAAGUUGAAACAAAAAAAAAAGUUUCAUAACUGACUGUUGGUGGAUUUGAUUGUGCAGUAUAAUGCCUAUCCCUAAGAAAAGUUCCUUGUACCAAGCAUGACGUAAAAGCAAUGUCAUUCGUUGGCCAUGCAAUUCUGGGAACACAAUUAUACCAGUUGCAGUCUGUUGUCGGCUUUUACCUUAUGGAACUAUACACCAUUGUUCAUGUCUGUGUAGAGAUGGAUGUUAUGAGGGAAGCAAUAGAUGGUAGAGCUACAAUGUUGCUUUUGAGUGGAAGAUAUACUGCAUCAAUGAAAAUAUAAGUGGUCCCUAUAGUACAAAAGGCAGCAUGGGUGAACUGCUACAUGCUACAGAAAUACACAAAAGUGCUACAACUGCAUCUUUAGCGUGGAAAAUUAAUUCUUUGCUACAAGCACAGCAACGACUGUACAAAAAACAAGUGCACAGCUUUACAUACAAUACCGGUACAUUUUAAAAUACGUUAAAAUACCUUCCUUGUACUCAAUACUUGUUACAGCACAAAUUGGUGCAUGUACAGGUCCUGUUAGUUACAUUUAUGUAGAGAAUGAAACACCCAGCAUCAUAACUUAUGGAGAAAGUGUAAAACAAUGUCAAAGUAA